CGCCAGCUCAGAGAACUGCCAAGUCAGUUCCGGUCGGCAGAGAACGCGGAGAGACGCAGAACGCGGCCCGCUCCUUCGGGGCCCUCCAGGCCCUCCGGCCCCGGGCCGGCGGGUGAAGUGGGGGGCCCCGGGACAGGCCGAGCCCUGUGCCAUGCAGAUACCAGAGGCCUCUGCUGCGGCUGCCCACUGGCUGUGCCCAGGCCUUGAAGCCGCAGCGAACCUCUCUUCCCCACCUCACCUCGGUGACUGAUGGCGGCGGCGGCCUCUCCCAGCCCGGACCCGGCCGGCCGCCGGGUCUCCCGGCCCAAGCCUGCCGGGCCUCAACGAAACGCCCGCAGAGCGGCCGGGACGCAGCGCCUUUGGGCGGCGGCGGGCGUGGCGGGCCGGGAAGCAUGGCGGCCGCUCGAACGCCGCGCGGCGGAGGCCAUUAGGGCGUGUAGGGCCCAGGAAGGUGGCCUAGGAACGCAGGCAGGCUCGGCUGCCUCUUUAGGCCACGGAGCCGCGCAGAUCCGGUUCCCGGGUGACCACUCUGUCGCCAUUGGGCGAAACCUACCUAGUCCUGACGACAACGGACAAAGGCCUUAACGGGCCUGGGAGGUGAGCGAAGUCCCGAACGACGACGGGUGGAACGAUUAGCGGCCAUCGGGCAGUUGGUCUUCUUUCUACCAGACUUUGCUGUCGGAAGAGAGAAAUGGUAGAAUGACAGGGCACGUUUGACCCGUUGGAAAUGCCCGCCACCCUCUGGGAAGAUUUACUGGCCGAUUUUGGAAGGCCUGUGUAUAUAAUAUGAAAAAGCUGCUCUCAACUCCACCCCAACCUUUUAAUAGAAAACAUUUGUCACAUCUAGCCCUUUUAGAUGGAAAGAGGUUGCCGACGUAUGAUAAAGUAGAGUUAGAAAGUCACACAUCUUGUAAAUUCUCAUUUGUUUAAAAGAAAUCAUAGAAAAUACGUGUCUUCUGGAGAUGACUUUUGGAAAUGAAGUUGUUAGACGGCCUCUGGAAGCGAUAUGUCCACGUUAAGUGGGUUAGAUGACGUGGAGCUGGAAGACGUGAGAAGGAAGAGAAGGUUUAAUGCUAGACUGGUCAUAUUUAGAAGACAUUUUCAUAUUCUAUCCAUUGUUUGUGCAUUUUAUUCCUCACUACUGUGUAUAUAGUUGACAAUGCUAAGCUUUUUUGAAAUGUCUAUUUUUAGAUGUUCUGAAGUGCCUGAUGUAUGUUAAAAUUAGAGGUAGCAAAAU